AUGUACGUCUACAAUCCUGCUCUCCAGUUUUUACACUACGUUACAACGACGGUACCCUACAUUGAAACCUUCCCUCCGCCAGAGGCCUUUGUCAAAGCAGUUGUACCGAAGCUGCGGGCAAUCGGCUUGACCAAGACUGAAGCAUUAAUGCUGAUCAACCUGGGCGCCGGCCUUCCGAAAAAUCGACCAUCCCAACCACCUGCAGAAGGCGUUGGAGAAGAGGGCGCAGAGGGCGCACAGGAAACUCAAGAGUCCGAUGACCGGCAACUGCUUGCAGUCGUGAUCGAGGAGCUCACAGACAGGUUCCCGGACGAAGACGGCGAGGACACGGUCGGCAGGAUAUUGGAGAUUAUGCAAACCGAAUUCGACCAAGCGCAGGCUUCUACGAACGGAAACGGAACAAACGGACUUGAUGCAGCUUAA